AUGGCUAGUUCAAACUGGAUCUCGGGCAUUGUCGUCUGUACAUUGAUUGCUUCUUGUCUUUUUGUUGUUGCGGGCAUUAUUGGCAUAGUCCUUGGACCACAUAUUCUGCAAAGUCAAGUCGAGAAACAAUUACCACUAACAGCGGACUCCGAUCAACUUGAUUCAUGGUCAACACCACCGGUUCCAAUCUAUUUACAGUUUUGGUUAUGGGAAUGUGUCAAUGUUGGCGAAGUUCUUCGCGGUGCCAAACCGUACGUUGUUCAACGAGGUCCGUUUACUUAUUUGGAGCAUCGAACGAAGACCGGUGUGUAUUUCAACGAUAACUAUACAGUGACCUAUCGCCAACCGAUUUCUUAUACAUUCGUGCCCGAGAAGUCGGCUCUUCCAGAAACGACUCGCAUAACUAUGGUCAACACCCCAAUUGUAACGAUUGUGGCACUACUUCGUAACCAAUCAGCUAAAACGCAAGAAAUUUUUAACAUUGUCAAGAACUUUUUUAAUGAAACGUUGUUUAUUGACCAUACAGCACGUGAAUGGAUUUGGGGUUAUGAAGAUCCUCUCUUGAAAGCAGCAAAAUCACUACCAAUUAUCAAAGAUCUAGUUCCCGAUGAUCAUUUUGGAUAUUUCUACGGAUCGAAUGCUACAGACGAUGGCCUGUACACAGUUUUCACAGGUGAAGAUCAUAUUAAUCAAUUGAAUAAUAUCAAUAAAUGGAAUGGUAUUUCAUCUUUACCCUAUUGGCGAACACCUUGGGGGAAUCAAAUAAAUGGUACUGAUGGUUCAUGGUUUCCUCCACUGAUCGGCAAAGAUCUCCAAUCAAUACGUCUUUACUUAUAUUCAACAGAUAUUUGCCGUUCACUUUACGCCAAAUUCGAAAAGCAUUCAUCUGUCUUAGAUAUUCCAACAGAACUCUUUUCGAUUCCUGCUGAGAUAUUCUUAAAUUCCACUUUAAAUCCCGAUAAUAUUGCAUUUGGUACUACAGAUUCCGGUGUACUUGACGUGAGUGUAUGCCGACAAGGUGCUCCUAUCUAUAUUUCCUUACCACAUCUACUCUAUGCUGCUGAUCGAUAUCAAAGUCGACUUGAAGGUAUUGAACCUGACGCACCAAUUCAUCGAACAAUAUUCGAAGUUGAACCACACACAGGACUUGUAUUAAGUGCACAAAAACGUUUGCAAAUAAACGUCUUCCUCCAACCGGAACACUUCAUUGACGAUUUUAAAUAUAUCUCCGAAGUUGUUUUACCAGCCAUAUGGAUCAAUGAAUCGACAACGAUCGACCAAAAGUCAGCUGAUGAUCUAAAUAAUCAAGUUCUACGAUUUUUCACCAUUGUUCGAUGGGUUUCCAUUGUCUUAAUUCCGAUUGGUAUAGUUAUCUUCAUUGUGACGAUAGUUUUAUUUAAGAAACAUCGUUCACGAGAAGAAUCAACACCAUUGCUAUUUGCUGAAGCGAAUAAUACUAUUGCGUCCGAUCAUGACCAUUAA